UAACCCCGAGCCACUCUUCUGACUGAAAGGUCUGCGCCACGCCCCUAGGCGGUCCUAAGGAACUCCGGGUGACCUGGCUGCCCGCUCGCAGAGCUCCAGCCUUCAACUUUCGCCCCCCACCCAGACUCCAGCAGCGUGGUUUGGGGACUGCGGCGGCCCCAGGCCUGGAGCCCCGGGGCGCAGCCCGUCCCGCGCCGCGUACCGCCCCCUUAGCUGUCCCUGGCCCCGCCUGCGCAGCCUCCCCGGGCGCGGGACGCCGAGCGCCUUCCGAGGCGGCGCGCACCGGGCCGAGCGCCGCCCGCUAGCCGGGCUGAGCCGCCGCAUGCUGUUUCUUUCGUGGUCUUUGCAGAAACUGAAAUUCGGGUUGAGUCCAACUCAGGACUUCCAAGGGUGAAAAGGGCCCUCUGGGGUUGUUCUGGAUUUUUUUUUCCAAAAUGGCAGCCUCCAGCCGUGCGCAAGUGUUAGAUCUGUACCGGGCGAUGCUGAGAGAGAGCAAGCGUUUCAGCUCCUACAACUACAGAACCUACGCUGUCAGGAGGAUAAGAGAUGCCUUCAGAGAAAAUAAAAAUGUAAAAGAUCCGGUAGAAAUUCAAACCCUAGUGAAUAAAGCCAAAAGAGACCUUGGGAUAAUCCGUCGACAGGUCCACAUCAGCCAGCUGUACUCCACGGACAAGCUGAUCAUCGAGAAUCUAGAGAAGCCCAGGACUUAAGGUGCCAGGACCAGGCACCCGUGAGAGACGCAGGCCACCUUCCGCAUCAUCCUGUGCGGGUGGGGAGCACCCAGCACCAGCAGAAACAGCGUCCUGGUCUGCUUGCUGCACAGGAGCUGAGAAACUGAGUCACUGCUCCAUCCGGUUUCAGCCUGGGGUGCAGCAUGGCCGCCCUGGCUGGGCCAAGUGUGGGAGUGGGAGCCGGGGCCUUGCAGUGAUGCUGUGUUCUGCUGGGCCUCUCCCCGCCCAGGCCCAGCCUGCUCCUCCUCACGCGUCUAGUGCACUUGCAGACUUUGGGUCUCUGUCCCUGACAAUAAACGGAAUGCUCUUCCUUCUUCCACACUAAAUAAA